AACUUAAUAAAUGUUUUAGCGCGAGCGAUGGGAUGGGGUAACAUUGUUUGUAUACUCAUGUGCGAGCGAUAUAACUCAGAUAUUUGAGGUCACAUGCUUCCCACCACUCGUAUUGCCGCCUUUCAUUAUACUGAGAUCACUCGUAACAUAUACAAAUGACAGAAGUAAAAUAGUGAUUCGUAACAACGUAUUUUCUGCGAAAUGUUCUCUGAAUUGUUACCAUUUUGGACGAAAUACUGGUAUCAUGUACUGAUCGGUAUUAUUUCCUGUAGCUUUUUAAAAUUGUUUUAUAAUGUCAGGAAAAAACGUACCGCACUCGAACAAACUGAUAAACGUGAUUUAAUCAUUUUGGAUAACACUAAGGAGCAGCUAGAAGACAUCGGUGAAGAAAGAUUAGAAGAUUGUGAGGAACCUGCACUACCGAUAGACUUAGAACAUAUUCUAUAUAAUUACACAAGGCCCACGGAAGCAGAAUUGCUUCAUCGGGCUUCUGAAUUUUAUAAAAUUGUAGCUGCUAGAAGAACCUUAAGAUUUUUCAGUCCAGACCCUGUACCAAAAAAAGUCAUACAUGACAUAAUAAAAGCUGCAGGUACAAUAUUAUGUAAUUACAUUCACAAAAUUCCUUACACAUUUGAGUCUAUUUUAGGCACUGCGCCUAGUGGUGCACACACAGAACCAUGGACAUUCGUAGUGGUAUCGAACCAAAAGGUGAAAGAGCAAAUACGAUGCGUCAUUGAAAAAGAAGAAGAAAUAAAUUACAAGCAGCGAAUGGGGCUCAAAUGGACAACAGAUUUGCUUCCGUUAAGAACUAAUUGGGUGAAGGAAUACUUGACUAUUGCUCCUUACUUGUUACUUGUGUUCAAACAAACGUAUGGUAUAUUACCAAAUGGAAAAAGAAAAAUUCAUUAUUACAAUGAAAUAAGCACAUCUAUCGCAUGUGGUAUUCUCAUUACCGCUAUACAACACGCAGGUUUGGUAACUCUGACUUCUACUCCUUUAAAUUGUGGACCUGCUAUCCGCAACCUUCUUGGACGUCCUCAGAAUGAAAAGCUUGUUGUACUACUGCCAGUGGGAUAUCCAGCAAAGGAUGCUACUGUGCCUGAUCUUCAACGAAAACCUCUAUCCGAUAUUUUAGUAGAAAUUGAGUGACACGCAUGUAACAACAAAAUCUGCCUCGCGAAUACUCCGUUCAGAACAUUGGAAUAUUUGCUGUGUUUGUGGAACAAUAUAAAAUGAGUACACGUAAUCAUAAAUUUAUACAAAUCCUAUUUUUCUUUUCAUAAAAAAACUUAUAUUUCCUUGAGUAUUGUUUCUUGCUUAUGGAUACCUUACAUUACACUUUCGCAAAUAUAUAUUAUUUAUUAUAA